AUGUCCAUUUCUGGGACUCUUAGCAAUUAUUAUGUCGACUCUAUUAUAAGUCAUGAAAGUGAAGACUCGCCUUCAGCUAAAUUUUCAUCUGGGCAAUAUACAAGUUCCAGGCAAGCUGGGCACAAUGAGCAUCUAGAAUUCCCCUCCUGUAGUUUUCAGCCAAAACCUCCAGUUUUCAGCGCCUCCUGGACUCCUUUGAAUCCACAUUCUUCUGGUACCCUUCCUGCCGUCUACCAUCCAUAUAUUCAACAUCAAAGCGUCCCAUCUGAUAGCAGGUAUCUCCGGAGCUGGCUGGAUCCAGUACCCAGAGCAGAGAACCUCCCCGGGCAGGGAUCUGUUAAGGCAGAGCCGCUGCUGGGCCGUCCCGGGGAUGUCCAUAAACAGGGAACACAGGAGUACAAUUUAGAAACUUCUGCUGCAAGGGAAGGGAUCGUUUCCAAUCAAAGGCCCAGCUUCGAGGACAAUAAAGUUUGUGAAGGAAGCGAAGACAAAGACAGGACAGAUCAAACUAACCCAGCUGCCAGCUGGCUUCACGCCCGUUCCUCCAGGAAAAAACGAUGCCCUUACACCAAAUACCAGACCCUGGAACUAGAGAAGGAGUUUUUAUUCAAUAUGUACCUGACGAGGGACCGUAGACACGAAGUGGCCAGACUCCUCAACCUGAGUGAGAGACAAGUCAAAAUCUGGUUUCAGAACCGAAGGAUGAAAAUGAAGAAAAUGAACAAGGAACAGGGCAAAGAAUGAAAAACCAGAAAAGCAGCAUCC